AUAUCUGAAAGAAAACUUAUAAGUGUAUCAUUUUAUGUGAAAAUAGCACUUUUACCGUCAUUCACCGGUGCUUUGGUUGGUGUUGGAGUACAUGAACAGAGUAAGCUUAGCAGAGGAUAACUCUGAGUCAAACCCUAAAACAAAACCCGCAACGUCGAUUAGGGAAAACCAUAGGCGCAGUUUCGGCCUCAAAACCCGUUUCUCUCUCACUCUGUGCACGUUUCGAAACUCAACAGGUUUUUUAGGGUGGGGGGACAGAAAGAGGACGUGGAGAUAGAUGGGAGUAUAGUUUCGGUAGGGAAUUUUGCCCGGGAAGUUGAACUCCCUGUAUAAUAUGUAUAGAUAAGAAGAAACGUGGAUUUGCUAGGUGAACCUGUAAAAGAUAUCUAGAUAGAGAGAAACGUGCGCUGAUCUUCAAUCAUCACUAUUGGUUUGGUAGUGGAUUUGGAGCCACUGCAUAUUUUCUAGUUUAGGAGGCGCAUUAGCAUUUAAAGAUUUGUGAUUGAUGGAUGUGGUAAAUGAUUUGCAUAUGGAGCCUCCAGCAACAACCAAUUCGGGAGGUUCUUUAACUAGUACAGAGGAUGUAAAUUCACCAGACAAGCAGAAAAUGUCGAGAAAGAGAAAACAAGGUGAUGUUGUUGAGCAUGAAGGUGCUGAUGACCCAGCAGUUGACUUCUCUGAUAAUAAUCUAUCUGUUAAAAUCUACACAAGGAAAAAAGUGGUAAAUUUCCAUUGUAAGGAAAAUAGUGGUUACACAAGUCCUGAAAAUUGUAACAAGGAACCAACUAUUCAGGAUCAUCAUAAGGAUAAAUCAGAGCAAUUUUCUGAUGGACCAUUGAGAGUUGGCUUGAUGGAUGGCGAGACGAAGCUUUCAAUUGAUCAAGUUACCUCUCAAAGUGGAGCUGCAGCUGAGGAAAUAAAGUUGAGCGGUGACAACAUUAAUGAGCAAAGAUUUAUGACUACAUCUUCUGUAGUAGAUAUUCCUGUGGAGCAGCUUGAAACAAACAGUAGACAGCUUGAUCAUACUGAGAUUACAAGAAAUGAUCUGUCCUGUGCAGGUGAUAUUUCUGAUUUAAGCUUAGACAGAGUAAGAGAUGGUCAUUUAAAGAUUUCACAAUUCUCACUAGACAGAAGUGUUGCUGGCAACUCAAAGAAUAAGCUUCUCAUCCUUGAUGUGAAUGGACUCCUUGCUGAUUUUGUCAGUGUCAGUGAUGCUCGUAUAAGAUAUAAUGAUCCAGAGCCAGAUAUUUUUCUUAAUGGGAAAAAAGUCUACAAGAGGCCCUUUUGUGAUGAUUUCCUACAGUUUUGUUUUGACAGAUUUCAUGUGGGAGUAUGGUCAUCUAGAGCCAAGAGGAAUGUUGAUGAGGCAAUCGCAUUUCUUAUGGGGAAGUCUGCAUCCAAACUGCUCUUCUGUUGGAAUCAGUCCCACUGCACUAGAACACGAUUCACUACUGUUGAGAAUAAAGAGAAGCCCCUUGUGUUGAAGGAACUUAGAAAGUUGUGGGAAAAGGAAGACCCUGAUCUACCAUGGGAGAAGGGAGAGUUUAAUGAAUCAAACACAUUAUUAUUGGAUGAUUCCCCUUACAAGGCAUUAAUGAAUCCUAAGCAUACGGCAAUAUUUCCUUGUUCUUACCGGUACUAUCACACCAGAGACUCAGAAUUAGGAUCAGGAGGUGAUCUUCGGGUUUAUCUAGAAGGGCUGGUUAAGGCUGAGAAUGUGCAAAAGCACGUGGCGGAAAAUCCGUUUGGCCAACGGCCCAUAAGAGAAACAAAUCCAUCCUGGCGUUACUAUAGCAAAGUUAUAGAUGCAGUUAAAAGAAGCCAAAAGGCUAGGAGCUCAUGACCAGGUAGGGAGCUAACUGCUUAUAUACAAUGAUACAAAACAAUGCAUGAUGAAAGCUGUUGAGAUGGUUCUCAUUCAAAAAUUGAUACAAGCAGUGCAUAUUUUCAUGACUGGUGAAUUGCUGCUGUGUUUUUUGGUUGGUAAGGUGUCUGAAAUAGAUCAGUUAGGUAUACUUGUUACUAAAGCCAGAGUAGCUGGGCAUAUAGUUUUACUGUGAUUAACGCCUACUUCAGGGUAGUGCGCGCACUGUGUAUGUGUACAUCAUUUUUUGGCCUUCUAUUCAAUUGAUGAAAACUUUGAAUGUUAUUGUGUUUUGAAAAUUGGACUGGUGGUUUGUUUCUA